GAUGACCUUUCUAUGGCGUGUGCGGUCGCCCAGGCUGCCCCGCGUCUGACAUCCCCGGGACAGUGGGCCCUCCUUGUGUGGCCUGGCGCAUGGUUGCUGGCCCACCCCGCUCUGCCAGGCCUCAGUUCCUAGUCUCUGAGGGUCUGGGCUUCUGUAGGGACGUAGGAGUUACAAAAUGCCCCCUCCGCCCAUGUUCCCCCAUUUUUUGAGGUCUUGACCUCUACCUCCCAGAGCUCACGCUGCCUGCUCCAGGAAGCUUGUCUCGGAUCCCUGGGACGAGACUCGAGCCCCACCCCUGACCCCCGUGCUCUCGGGCCCACAAACAGGUCCCUGGGCCUUGACGCAUGGUCAUCUGGGGACGCCUGUCCCAGAACGCAGGGUCUGGGCAGAGCCCCCUCCCCAGCCAUGGCCCCAGGUUCGUUGGGGGUCCUGAGGCUGGUAAAGGCCGCCUUUCGUCAGGCUGAGGCCAUGAACUUGGCACGGGCCAUCACCACCCACAGCCGACUAGGAGGAGACACAAAGGGAGAGGCCCCUGCCGAGGCCUGAGGUCCCUGUGAGCCGCGGGGGCUGGGCAGCCGAGAAGCCGACCUUGAUGGAAGGCCGACCUUGAUUAAUUAAGUUACAGAGGCUGAGAAGUCCCAGGUCGAGGAGCCACAUCUGGUGAGGGCCUUCGUGUUGAGAAGUCCCAGGUCGAGGGGCCACAUCUGGUGGCGUCUUACCCGACCUCUGAGGGCUCUGGAGCCGUUGCGAGAGAAUAACCCUGUCGGUAUUUUUGAGGCUGCUUUGAGCGCAGCCCCCCGCCAAGUACCCGGCCAUCAAGGCCCUGAUGCGGCCGGAUCCGCGCCUCAAGUGGGCGGUGCUGGCGCUGGUGCUGGUGCAGCUGCUGGCCUGCUGGCUGGUGCGAGGGCUGGCCUGGCGCUGGCUGCUGUUCUGGGCCUACGCCUUUGGAGGCUGCAUGAACCACUCGCUGACGCUGGCCAUCCACGACAUCUCGCACAACGCAGCCUUUGGCACGGGCUGUGCGGCGCGCAACCGCUGGCUGGCCGUGUUCGCUAAUCUGCCCGUGGGUGUGCCCUACGCCGCCUCCUUCAAGAAGUACCACGUGGACCACCACCGCUACCUGGGUGGCGAUGGGCUGGACGUGGACGUGCCCACGCGUCUGGAGGGCUGGUUCUUCUGCACACCCGCCCGCAAACUGCUCUGGCUGGUGCUGCAGCCCUUCUUCUACUCGCUGCGGCCGCUCUGCGUCCACCCCAAGGCCGUGACCCGCAUGGAGGUGCUCAACACGCUGGUGCAGCUGGCGGCCGACGUGGCCAUCUUUGCCCUCUGGGGGCUCAAGCCCAUGGUCUACCUGCUGGCCAGCUCCUUCCUGGGCCUGGGCCUGCACCCCAUCUCGGGCCACUUCGUGGCCGAGCACUACAUGUUCCUCAAGGGCCACGAGACCUACUCCUAUUAUGGGCCCCUCAACUGGAUCACUUUCAAUGCGGGCUACCACGUGGAGCACCACGACUUCCCCAGCAUCCCGGGCUACAGCCUGCCGCUGGUGCGGAAGAUCGCGCCCGAGUACUACGACCACCUGCCGCAGCACCACUCCUGGGUGAAGGUGCUCUGGGAUUUUGUGUUUGAGGACUCUCUGGGGCCCUACGCCAGGGUGAAGCGGGUGUACAGGCUGGCAAAGGAUGGCCUGUGAGCCUGGGCUGCCUCCUGGUGGCGGCCAUUGUCCCCCACUGGCCCCUCGGCCUCGCACCCCAGCACUGAGAAGCUGCAUUUCCUUCCUGUGCUCUGCACUGCUGCCCUUGUCCCCGAGGAGGGUCCCGCGCAGCCACACCUGGCGACAGCAGUGUGGGCUGCAGGGCUCCGUCUGCACGUGGACCUGCCCUGGACCUUGAGUGUGGCCCUCCCUUUCUGGGCCUCCCCGGGUGAGGCCUGGCCCUGCCCCACCAUGACCUGGGUGCUCUGAGCCCACGGUUCCCAUGGAGCUGACUUCUCUGGGGUGCCUGUGCCCUACAUUAAACCCGGCGUUGGUUUCACA